CUGUCAUGACACUUUACAUAACCCCCUUAAAUUCGAUAGAGCAGUGUUUAUUCCAGUUUACGUCAGCUCUAAUUUUCAAUCAAAGUUUUUGCAUUUUGUGGUUUGUAUUUAGAAACGAAAUCAUGGACAGAUUAGAGAAAAAGGAAAUACUGCAGGCGGUGCUAAUUGCCGACAAUUUCAACGACAAUUUUAUACCCAUCACAAGCUCGACAAGCAUGUCCCUCGUACCACUGGUAAACAAACCGCUUUUGGAUUAUGCACUUGAAGCUCUCAACCGUUCCGGGAUAGAAGAAGUCUUUGUGUUCAGCAGCACGUUCGUCGACAAAGUUAAGGCGUACAUAAAACAGGGAAUUUCGGAAAAAUGUUCCUGGUCAACGCAAAUGAGUGUCCAGGUUAUCGGCUCCGAAGGAUGUCGUUGUUUGGGUGAUGCACUACGUGAUUUGGACGGUAAAAGUGUGAUUCGUGGCCACUUUAUACUAAUGGGAUGUGAUGCUGUUACCAAUGCGCAAUUAGGAUCAAUUUUUGAGAAGCACAAGCGGAUCUGUAAAUUUGACAAAGGUGCUGCUAUGACGGUCAUUUACAAAAAAGUUGGAUCCGACCAUCGGACGGGGAAUGAGGUUGUUGUAGCAAUCGAUCAGGACAGCAAAAGACUGCUAUUCCAUCAGCGACUGAAUCCAGUGCACAAGGAACGCAAUUUUUCAUUUCCACUGGACAUAUUUUUGGUAAAUUCGACUGUGUCCAUCCGUCACGAUUUAAUGGAUCCUCAAAUAGCCAUCUGUGCACCAUCCGUUCUGCCAUUGUUUGCCGACAAUUUCGAUUUUCUGAGUCGUGACGAUUUCAUACAAGGCUUACUGAUGAAUGAAGAGCUGCUGGCCAGUUCCAUUUAUGUGGCUGAAUUGGAGACCGAAGAAUACGCUGCGAGAGUGCAUAAUUGGCAAACUUAUCAAAUGGUUAGCAGUGAUGUGACAAAUCGUUGGGCUUAUCCUCUCGUACCGGAUAUGGGCGUAUCGUGUCUGUACCAAAAUUAUCUUUUCUAUCGAAAUAACAUUUACCGGAGCGGAGAUUUGCAGUUGGCCCGGGGAGCCAUUCUGAAGGAGAAUGUCGUCAUUCAAAAACAGUGUGCCAUCGACGAUGGAUCGGUACUGACGAACAGUGUGGUGGGCAGAAAUUGUACGAUUGGCAAAAAUUGUACCAUCGAACAUGCAUACAUCUUCGACAAUGUAACAAUUCAGGAUAAUUGUGUACUGAAACAUUGUGUGAUUGGCAGUGGAACGAAGAUUUCGCGUGGUAAUCUUAUUGAAUCUGGUGCCGUAAUCGGAGACAACGUCCUUCUUAUCGACAACCAAAAGAUUGCCAAAGUUUUGAUUCAGUCAUCGCCGCCAGAAUUUGAUGAUUCGUCGAAGAAAUUAGGUGACACAGCCUACACGAUUUCUGAUCCGGUAGAGCACUGUGAGGCCGAUUCUGACGAUGAGGAUAGCGACAAUAAAACCAGUGGAUUCGUUCGAAUGUCGACAAUCGAAUUCAUCAGCAACGAUAGUGUUUGCAGUUCGAGCGACGAGGAGGAAUCUCGAUCCGCUUCACCGGUACAAGAAGACUCAAACAUUUUCCUCUCCGAAGUGCUGGAUUCGUUGAACCGCGGCUUCGACGAAAAGUCGAAUCCAGACUUUUUGAUAUUGGAGAUCAAUUCGUCACGUUAUGCGUACAACAUGGCCUUAAGCGAGGUGAAUUUCUAUGUUGUCAAAGCAAUACUAAGCCUUCGACAUGUUGCCGCUGCGGAUGCAAACAAUUUGAUUGGUGCAAUCAAUCAAGUGCUAACACAUUUGGGACCGGUGUUCAAAAAUUACAUUCGUGGUGAUGACGCUAUGUUGGAUUGCCUGAAGGCGGUCGAGGAUAGCUGUGAACAACACGAAACGAUUCGAUUGAAAGUGGCUCAAAUUUUCCACUAUUUCUACGACAAAGAAUUGGUGAACGAAGAAUCCAUUUUGGCAUUUUACGGCCAACUGGACGACGAUUCGACAUGGUUGAAAAGUGCGCUAAAGAAAUUAGUUGAUUGGCUUGAAGCGUCCAGCGAGGAAGAGAGUGAAGACGACGAAAGUGAAUAAAAUGCGGUAUUUUAUGGAUAAUGUUAUCAUUUGAAUCGUUAUUAAAA